GACACACCAUCCCCCACCCCCCGCGCACCCCGCGCCCCCCCCCCGGUCCGAGCCGUAGUCCAUGGCGCUUCCCCCUGGCCAAGACCAAGAAGGAGCUCCUCGCCGACCUGAGAUUUAGAUUCCCCAAAUCGGAUCCUCCUCCUCCCUGACAUUUUCUUUUCCUUUAUUUUUUGGAUCUUUACAGGGAGUUUGUAGUUGGUCGGAUCUCCGGGAACGGGUUCCUGAGAUUUCACACUUUUAUCGGUGGCGGAGGGACUCGAAAUCUGAUACGUUUUCCCUGUUCUUGAUGGUGUUAAUCAAGAAAUAGGUGUUGAUCGGGGUUUACGUUCUAUGCUCGUUAAGAAGGGAACGAGAUGUGUGCAUUUAGUUGUUAUUGAUGGGAGGUGCCCAUCAGGUGAGCCCCGAUGGGGGUAGGAAUAAGGGGCUGGCGAGCAGUAGCCAUCGGGAUCAGAACGAGUACAAGGAGGUAGCGGAUGCCGCUGCCGAGGAAGGUCAAGGGCUCUCAGAGGAAGAUGAGUCCAAGAUCAAUGAGGCAGUGGGAGGGUUGAACCAUAACCAGAUAGGGGAUGCUGUGCCACCGGAACAACAGUCUGGUGGGCUCCAGAAGCAGCAGCAGCAACAGUCGCCAGGGCCAAUCAUCCGCUGGGAGAGGUUCCUUCCCAUCAGAACGCUCAAGAUUUUGCUGGUGGAGUAUGAUGAUUCGACGCGUCAAGUUGUCAGUGCGUUACUCCGCAACUGCAGUUAUGAAGUUACUGCUGUUGCAAAUGGUCUACAGGCAUGGAAAAUAUUGGCGGAUCUAACUAAUCAUAUUGACCUUGUCUUGACUGAGGUAGUCAUGCCUGGUUUAACAGGCAUCGGUCUUCUAAGCAAGAUCAUGAACCAUAAAACCUGCAAGAAUAUUCCUGUGAUCAUGAUGUCAUCAAAUGAUUCCAUGGGUACAGUCUUUAAGUGUCUAUCGAAAGGUGCAGUUGACUUUUUGCUGAAGCCUAUCCGGAAGAAUGAGCUUAAAAACCUUUGGCAGCAUGUCUGGAGAAGAUGCCACAGUUCCAGCAGUAGCGGAAGUGAGAGUGGAAUCCAAACCCAGAAAUCAGUUAAGUCAAAGAGCUCUGAUGACUCUGACAAUAAUAGUGGCAGCAAUGAUGAUGACAAUGGGAGUGUAGGAUUUAAUGCAAGAGAUGGCAGUGACAAUGGUAGUGGAACUCAGAGUUCCUGGACAAAGCGUGCUGCAGAGGUUGACAGCUCCCAGCCUAUAUCUUCUUCAGAUAGGUUAGCUGAUCCGCCUGAUAGUACUUGUGCACAAGUAAUUCAUGCGACACCCAAAACCUUUUGUAAAGAUCUGCUGCCUACAUCUGCCAACAGAGAAAACCAGGAUGAUUGCAUGGGCAAAGACUUGGAGAUUGGAGUCUGCAGGGCUCCAGAAAUGCAAAAUGAAACUAAUCCUAGUGAGCAGCAUUGUACCAAACAAACAGACACAAUAGUGGAUAAAUUGUCUGCAAAGGACCCCAAGAAUGAGGGCCUUCUAAGCACUCUUUGCAACAAUCUGUUUGAUGAUUCAAGUGCUCAAGCUGCUAACCUGACUGGUGCAAUUGAUAAUAGCUCUGAUACUCAAGUGGCGACCGGAGCUAUUCAGACUCUCAGUGGCUUCUCCAAGAUCUCAGAAGGCCAAAAUAAGAUUAACUACACCUCAAAAGAUUUGCUGCCCCUUGAGCUGAGUUUAAAGAGGUUGAGAUCAAUUGGUGAGAGUGGAACUGCCACUCAAGAUGACCGAAAUGUUGUAAGACGUUCAGAUUUGUCUGCAUUUUCAAGGUAUCACACAUCUGCUGCUUCUAAUCAAGCCCCCAUCGGAGGUGGAGGAAGCUUCUCCCCACUUGACAAUAGCUCAGAAGCAAUUAAGACAGUAUCUACAAACAAUUUUAUCUCUGGUUCCAAUGUGGCUUUCCUGAAGCAAGGCUCCAAUGGCAGUAGUAACAACAAUGACAUGGGAUCCUACACCAAGAAUGUUUUCACAAAACCAGCAUCAUACAAAGAUAAAGCAGCAUCUUCAUUAUUAGUCAAGUGUGCACAGACCUCAGCUUUUCAUCCGGUGCAGUAUCGAGCCUCAGAAAGCCAGGAGCCUGUGCAGGAGAAUGUGGAAAAUGUGACAACAGCUUCAGCCACAGGACAUUUGAGGGAUAUCCAUCAUCAAGUCCCGGCACAACAUCAUCAUCAUCACCACUAUCAUCACCAUCACCACCAUGUUCACAAUGUGCAGCAGCACAAACCACAGCUGCCACAAAAUUGCAGCGACUUGUCACUAAAGAACAAUGCAGGAGCUGCACCACAAUGUGGGUCAUCCAGUGUGUUUAAUGGGCCAGUUGAGCGUAAUGCUGCAAAUUAUUUCAUAAAUGGAAGCCACUCAGGCAGUAAUCAUGGAAGCAAUGGAAAUAAUGGAAGUAGUACUUCUAUCCAAACUGGAGGAUUGAACAUGGAGAGUGCUAAUGGUAUUGCAGAACAGAAUGGCCCUGGAAGUGGAAAUGGAAGUGGGAGUGGCAGCGGUAGUGGAAUAGAUCAGAACCGACUAGCUCAAAGAGAGGCUGCCUUGAAGAAGUUUCGGCAAAAAAGGAAAGAAAGGAACUAUGGAAAGAAGGUCCGCUACCAGAGCAGGAAAAGACUUGCGGAGCAGCGGCCUCGUGUGCGUGGGCAAUUUGUGCGGCAAUCCAUGCAUGAACAUACUAGCCUAGAUGCAGAAAGAUGGCCUUCGUGACCAUCUGAUUGGACUGUUAGCCAGCAGGCAUUUGCAUUAUCUCGAUCCAAGUCAGUUAAUUGAUGGAUAGAUCUUGUAUACACAUGGCUUGAGAACACUAGAAAAAAGGGACUCUCUGUGCUGUACUAAUUAGCAACUACAUAAUGUUUCUUAACCUUGUUCCAUAUCUAUCAGCUACAUUAUGAAACUACAUUCCUUAAUCGGUAGAAUUUUAAUUAUUGCUCUCGAAA